UGCUCUGGGGUGUGGUUGUCGGAAGUCGACAGCAGAAUGUCUUAUCCCAGCCCCAGACAGAGCGGAGGUUGUGGGUUAAAUUCCCAGGGGACGACACCAGGCAGCAGCAGUCUGAAACAACUGGACAACAGGAGUCCCGCCAGCAGAGAGAGUCCUGAUGGCAGCUACACCGAGGACCAAAAUGCAGAGCUUCACUUUAAGUCACGCAGUUCAGAGUUUGAUGAAGAAUUUGAUGAGGAAGAGCCUCUGCCCAGUAUUGGUACCUGCAAGUCUCUUUACCAGUUUCAAG